AUGGGUGGUGGCGGAGCUGGAGCAGAGACGACGAAGAAGCCUCUACUACGGGCCACCGCCAGCGACAGCCACGACGACGGCGCGGCGGUGCCUCCGCCGGAGCCGCAGCAGAAACAGCAGCAGCCGGCGCCAUUGCCCGAUGCUGGUGGUGGCAGCGGCGGCGCCGAUGGCUCUGCGGCCGCGGUUCGUCAUCAGAGCUGCGGCGAGGACGACGACCAAGACGACGAGCAGGUGGAGCGGUUCUACGCGCUCCUCGCCAACAUCCGGGCCCUGAGGGGCUUGUACAGCGCCGGGACCGGACCAGCAGCGUCCGGCCGGGGCAAGGGCAGGAAGCGGGCGCGGGAGGCGGAGGCGCCGUGGACGCCGGCGUUCAGGUUGGAGGACUUCGAGUUCGAGGAGGAGGUCAACCAGGGCGCGGCCGCGGCCGACGCGCGGUGCGCUGUGAUCAACCAGGGCACCAGUGGCGGCGGCGUUGCUAGUAGGCGGCCCGCCGCGGCCGCCGCGGCCGACGACGGCCACGAGGAGGACGGGGUCGCGGAAGUAGCGCACGGAGGGAAUAAGCUCGGUCGCCGCGUCGCAGCGCGCGGGUGA